AUGAAGAAAGCUCUGAUCCUGGGGGGGCUCACCCUGCUGGCCAUCAUGAGCCCCUGUAGAGGUGAAGACACAGUGGAAGCUGACCAUGUCGACACUUAUGGCACAAAUAUCUACCAGACAUAUGAUGACUAUGGCCAGUUUACCUAUGAAUUUGAUGGAGAUGAGCUGUUCUAUGGAGACCUGGAAAAAAAGGAGACUGUGUGGAGACAGCCUGAGUUUAGCAAUUUCACGACAUUUGAAAUUCAGAAGGCCCCGAGAAACCUUGUUGUGGUCAAAAACUUGGACACUUUGAUUAAAGAUUUCAACUUUACACCUUCCACCAAUGAAAUCCCUGAAGUGGCUGGGUUCCCCAAAUCUCCUGUGACCCUGGGCAUUCCCAACACCCUCAUCUGUCUAGUAGAUAACAUCUUUCCUCCUGUGAUCAAUAUCACUUGGUUUUGCAAUGGACAUUUGGUUCCAGAAGGUAUUGCUGAGACCACCUUUUAUCGCAAGAGUGACCACUCCUUCCUCAAGUUCAGCUACCUCACUUUUGUCCCCUCCACUGAGGAUUUCUAUGACUACAGGGUGGAACACUGGUGCCUAGAAGAGUUUCUCCUCAAGCACUGGGAACCUGAGCUUCCAACCCCUAUGGAAGAGCUGAUAGAGACUGUGGUCUGUGCUCUGGGGUUGGCUCUUGGCCUCAUGGGUGUUGUGAUAGGUACCAUCCUCAUCAACCAAGUCCUGCACUCCCGUGGAACUUCCAGCCACCAAAGGACCACAUGUGUGAUAACCUAG